GGAAGGUUGUGUGGAGUCGAGAGGAGUCCCUGGCAGAAGUGGUAAGCUUGGAGAUGGUGGAUCUACCUCUGACAGGGGCACAGGCUGAGUUGGAGGGAGAAUUUGGAAAGAAAGCAGCCAUUCAAGAUGGCUUGCUAGGGAUGUUUCUGAAGCGUCUCUCCUCCCAGCUUAUCCUUCUGCAAGCCUGGAUGGCCCAUCUUUGGAAGAUGUUUUAUGAUGCCAGGAAACCCCGGAGCCAGAUUAAGAAUGAGAUUAAUAUUGAUAAUUUGGCAAGAGAUGAAUUCAACCUCCAGAAAAUGAUGGUGAUGGUCACGGCUUCAGGCAAGCUUUUUGGCAUUGAAAGCAGCUCUGGCACCAUCCUGUGGAAGCAGUACCUCAGGAAUGUGCAACCCGGCUCCUCCUUCAAGCUGAUGGUCCAGAGAACAACAGCCCAUUUCCCCCACCCUCCGCAGUGCACCUUGCUCAUUAAGGACAAGGAAACCAAAAUGAGCUUUCUGUAUGUCUUUAACCCCAUCUUUGGGAAGCGGAGCCAGGUAGCUCCCCCUGUGCUGAAGCGUCCGGUCCUUCAGACUUUACUCCUGCCUAUUAUGGAUCAAGACUAUGCCAAAGUGCUGCUCCUGAUUGAUGAUGAGUACAAGGUUACAGCUUUCCCAGCGACUAAGAAUGUUCUUCGCCAGUUAGAGGAAAUAGCCCACUCUAUCUUUUUUUAUCUAGUGGAUGCUGAUCAGGGAAAACUUUCUGGGUUCAGGCUGAAAAAGGACCUGACAACGGAGGAGAGUUGGAAUGUGAUCAUUCCUGUGGAAGUGCAGAGGAUAGUGACAGUAAAAGGGAAGAGAUCCAGUGAGCACGUGCACUCACAGGGCCGCGUGAUGGGCGAUCGCAGCGUUCUCUACAAGUCUUUGAAUCCAAAUCUGCUUGCGGUGGUGACGGAGAGCGCCGAUACCCAUCCAGAACGCACUUUCAUUGGAAUAUAUCUCAUCGAUGGGGUCACGGGCAGGAUCAUCCACUCCUCAGUGCAGAAGAAAGCGAAGGGACCUGUCCACAUUGUCCAUUCGGAGAACUGGGUGGUGUACCAGUACUGGAAUACGAAGGCACGUCGGAACGAGUUCACUGUGCUGGAGCUGUACGAGGGCACGGAGCAGUACAACGCCACGGCCUUCAGCUCCCUCGACCGCCCGCUUCUGCCCCAGGUCCUCCAGCAAUCUUACAUCUUCCCGUCUGCCAUCAGUGCCAUGGAGGCCACCAUCACCGAGCGAGGCAUCACCAGCCGCCACUUGCUCAUUGGGCUUCCCUCUGGGGCCAUCCUCUCCCUUCCAAAGGCUUUGCUGGAUCCUCGCCGUCCUGAAAUCCCUACAGAACAAAGCAGAGAAGAGAACUUGAUUCCAUAUUCUCCUGAUGUGCAGAUCCAUGCUGAGAGGUUCAUCAACUACAAUCAAACCGUAUCACAAAUGAGGGGGAUUUACACAGCGCCCUCCGGCCUGGAGUCCACGUGCUUGGUUGUUGCAUAUGGCCUGGACAUCUAUCAGACCCGAGUGUACCCCUCGAAGCAAUUCGACGUCCUCAAAGAUGACUACGACUACGUGCUGAUAAGCAGCGUCCUCUUCGGCUUGGUUUUUGCCACUAUCACGCUGUUUUGAUUUCCUCAGGUGAAGCUGCUGAACGGCGCGUGGCGGUA